AUGCGGAAAUCGACUCUCGUCGUCGCCCUUACGGCAGCAGUCGCGCUGUUGUCGUCCGCCAAGGGCGUUGCGGCCGAUGAGGAUGCUGCCAAACGUGGGCAGCGGGCCAAGUUCCAGCUCUCCGCUGCUUCCGCCAACUUCAAGCAUGGUGCAAGGAGCCCUUCGAACCCCGAAGGUUUCGUCAGCUACGACUAUGGGUAUUCGUACCCUCCUCCGUCUCCCCCGACCACGUACGCUGAGAAGUCGUCGUCAGCAGUGACUUCUCUUACCUCCCACAGCAAAGGUUGGUAG